AUGGCUUCUCUACGGGGAUUGGAUUCCCUUACUGUCCAUUAUGCAUAUUUCAUCCUCAUGUCUGCGAUCGGCAGUGUCAUAUUGUACACGACGGCGACGCCGAUCCAUGAGCUCCACUAUACUGACGCGUUGUUCAUGAGUUUCAGUGCCAUGACAGGCACAGGGCUGAACGUGGUGGACUUGGCCACUCUGAAUGGUAUACAACAAGGAACGCUCUUGUCACUGCUGGUCCUCGGCCAUGCUAUCUUCAUCCUCGGAGUUCUCUCCUUCCUACGCGCCCGAACGCUUCGCUCGGUCCUGAAAGAUGUGCAAAGAAAGAAGGUCGAUCAGACAGUGACUCAGACGUCAAUUGUGCAGAUACAGACAGAUUCUUUCCCAGAAGCCAAAGAUGAUGUCCCCUCUGUUAAAAUCACCAGUCUGCUCAGAACAAAUGCAACAGUGGACGAACUGCCCGACAUUUCGACCUUUGGGAAAUCGGAGCACGUAUCAUCAAACGACUAUGACUUCAUGACGGUAACUCCUCCAGAUAUGACAGAAAAUUGCCAAAAAGUCACUACCAUCACAGUCAUUGGCGACAGCGUGGAUGUCUGUGACGCCAAAACCCGCAUGUUCCGCAUCGUCGCUAGAGUGAUAAACACAAUGCAACAAGUGAAGAUAAAUUUGAGCAGCAGCUCAAUCGGCUGUGACGAGCCAGGCUGGGCAGAGUACAAGGCCCUUUCUUUGAUCUCCGCGCUUGUCGUCGGUUACUACGUGGCCUUCCUCUCCUUCGGCAUUCUGUGCUUAGGGCUUUGGAUGAAAUAUUGCCGUCCAGAGAUUGCAGAAGCAGAUGGAGUCUCUCCUUUCUGGACGGGGGCUUUCCUCGCUACAUCUGCAUUUGCUAACAACGGCAUGUCGCUCCUCAGUGCCAACAUGGGUCCCUUUCAACGAGAUGCCGCUCCGCUCCUCGUCACCGGGCUUCUCAUCCUCGUUGGAAAUACACUUUUCCCGUGCUUGCUCCGGCUUUCAAUUUGGGUGAUGAGAAAGAUGAUCCCUGAGAAACCAGCCUGGCACGCGUGGCGACGAGUGUUUGAUUUGACUCUGACUCGGUCUCAGGAUGUGUGUGCGUAUUUGUAUCCAUCUUGGCAUACGUGGUUCUUGUUCGGCACCAUCUUGAUGCUGAACAGCAUCAUGUGGGGAGCGUUCGAGCUUGCUGCUAUCAACACCGUCGAGAUUGCGGCGCUCUCUCCUAAAUACCGGGUCUUGGAUGGUCUCUUUCAAUCUUUGGCUGUGCGCGGCGGUGGUUUCUCUGUCGUUGCCUUUGACGGGCUGCCACAAGCAUUACUUAUUCUAUACGCCCUGAUGAUGUAUCUUUCUGCCUUCCCAGUAUCAACUCUGAUCAGCGGAAGAGAAGCCCUCCAAGAAAAUUCCACAAGCACCUUCGACAAGGAACGCGAUCUCACCAACCCUCCACCCUCAACCACCGACGCACCUCGCUCAACAUUCGCCCGCGGCCAGUUCUUCUUCAAGCAACUCCGCUCCCAAUUCAGCCACGACAUUUGGCUCAUCUCUCUCGUGGUCCUCCUCGUAACCGUGGCCGAGUCAGACCACUACAAAACUCAGCCCGUCUCAUUCUCCACCUUUAACAUCAUCUUCGAAAUCAUAUCCGCGUACAGCUGUGUCGGAGUGAGCAUCGGAUACCCCGGCAAGAGCUAUGCCUUCUGUGGCGAGUGGCACACCUUCAGCAAGAUCUUGUUAAUUAUCACUGCCUUGAAGGGCCGUCAUCGCGGUCUGAACUUUUUAAACGGCAAGGCUAUAUCCCAUGGUGGGUCUUGGGAGCCGAUUGAAGAGAAGCUGCCACAACAGGCGUACAUGUAA